AGGAAGGUGGGAUGGAAGUAGCCAGCGGGAUCAAUCCAUGGCGACCUUUCCUUCCCUAUCCGGGCUCCCUAUGCUUCCUACUCCAAUUAGCAGUCGAUUCCACCGCUCACGUGGACUCCCGCACCCAAGCUCCUUCUCUAUUUCUUCUCCCUAUCCCUCGCUCGCGACACGAACUAUUUCUCCCCCGUCUUUUCCCAUACCCUAACCCUAGAUCCAGCCCUGCGUCUUCUGCGCUGAUCCGUCCGCCAUCAAUCUCGUCGGCGCGGCGAGAGAGGGGAGAAGAGAGAAAGCACAAGGAGAAAGAGAGAGGGAGAUGGAUCUCCAGACGAAUCACUCUAUGUUCGAGAGGCGCCAGCCUGCCAAAGAUCGGACGCCCCCCGUCCGAUGGUUCAAGGAAUGGGUUCCGCAAGAUGUGGUGGCGACUGGUGGCAAGUGCUCUCUUUUGAAGUGGGUUACAGAGGAUAUGAUGAAGGCUCUGAGAGAGAAGUCUAAGGAACCACAAGCAGAAGAGCCCAAACCAGAACCAACCACAGAGGUUCUUUUCCUCUGCAGCUAUGAAGGUUGCGGAAAAACUUUCAUUGAUGCAGGGGCUUUAAGGAAACAUGCUCACAUUCAUGGAGAGAGGCAAUAUGUUUGCCAUUUUGAAGGCUGUGGAAAGAAAUUCUUAGAUAGUUCCAAGUUGAAAAGACAUUUUCUUAUCCAUACUGGAGAAAGGGCUUUUAUAUGUACUCAUGAAGGCUGUGGUAAGGCCUUCUCGUUGGAUUUUAAUUUAAGGGCGCAUAUGCGAACACAUUCAUUGGAGAACUAUCAUAUUUGCCCUUAUCCAGAAUGUGGGAAAAAAUACACACAUGAAUGCAAAUUAAAAAGUCAUAUCAAGGCACACCAUGAAAAGAACUCGGUGAUCGACGGAAUGAAGCAUACACCACCAGCAGAUAAGCUCCAUAAUACCCCAAAGACGUCUGCAGUGGCAUAUGGUUCUGCUUCCUCUGACCGUCCCUACGCUUGUCCGUAUGAAGGCUGCGGAAAAGCCUACAUUCAUGAGUACAAACUGAACCUCCAUCUGAGAAGGGAGCAUCCGGGCCACAAUUCGGAAGAAAAUGGCAAGCAUGCACCUGCUGCUGACCAUGCCAUGGAUGAAGCUAGUGAUCAGGAUGCUUAUGUUGCAAAGGGUGGUGUUGGCAAGAACAACAAAAGAAGCAAGCCCCAUCUGGUACAGAAGAUGCCACCUGCUAAGGUGCCGAAUCGGAAGGGCUCAAAUUUGGCUCCUGCAAAUGUUAGCACUGUCAAGAAGCAGUGGCGAAGCAAAGAGGUAUACGAGGAAGAUAGUGAGGAGACAGAGGAAGAUCAAGACAAUGUUGAAGAGGAUGGGUGGAGAUAUCAAGGGGUCAAUGGUGAUGAUGAGGAGACAGAGGAUGAAGAUUAACUCUUAGAUUGCAGUCUCUGAUAUGUUUCUGAAGGUUGACACGGUUGCGAUGUAGUUGAUGUCCUCCAUAACUGGUGUCAUGUAGCAUUAUACUUAUGCAGACCGGAACAAACACAAUAAUCGAGUUAGUCAGCAGUAUUGUGAACCCAAUAUUCAGAGAAUGUUUCUUGGGAACAACCUGAAAGUCAAUACCACUACACAUAUAAGCUCUCUAAAUCUAAUGCCCAUUUGCAAAUAAAAAAGUCAAAUGCAGCAGACUA